UUACAGCACAGAGUUGUAUUUGGACACGAAUAACUUAGCCCUGGUUUUCUAUUAAGUGCCGUUAUAAGAUUGAUCAUAUAAAAAUGCCUGGAAUGAAUGCUCUCAGCUGCGUUGGACAGAACGAUCUGGUGUCUUUGCGCAUCAUUUGUACUAUGGCGCGCAACCGAGAGUAUAAUGUGGAGGAACUGGACAUGUACGGAAACACGGCCUUGCUGAAGGCUUGCUAUAUGGGGCGCUUCGAAUGCGCAAGCACACUUUUAGAGUUUGGAGCUAAUAUUUACGCGGUUAAUUAUUUUGGACAAAACGCAUUAACCUUGGCCACCUACUCUGGAAAUUACCCUUUAGUCCGUGAGCUGUUGCAUCGCCGUUCCUACAAGGAUUUUAACCUCUCUUCGCUUAUUCCGGCCUCUUGUGUAGCCGCAAUGCAAAACCAUGUCGAUAUUGAAGAAUACUUUAUGAAAAAGGAUCCCAGCGGUGCGCAUGAUCAGACGGUGCACGGUCUUGGCGUAAACGACCUGCACCAAAUGAUGGAGAAAGCUAAGAAGUUGGAGCACCAGCUGCACUCGGCUCAGGCUACCUUUAUACAUCAUCGCUUCCGCUAAUGUCUUUUAAGAAUGUAAAACUAUAACAACAAUAAAAUUGUCAA